AUGGCCCAGUGUCCCAUUAAGUGUGCGUAUUGUCUCGGGGAUUCUGCAUAUUCUUGUGAGAUAUGCAACAAAUUUGUAUGUAAAAAUUGUCUAAAAUUUGAUCCAGAUGUUGGAUUAGAGGAGUCUAGUAAUGACUUUCAAGAAACUUCACUAUAUGUCAGAAAUAGCCUUGGUGUUAUUUGUUUUCGAUGCAAAGGAAAUUCAGACAACGGAGAAGAAGAACCUGGCGAGGAGAAAAGGGGUCGAGGGACAAAGAAAGACAUACGAAUACCAAUUGCACAACAAGAAAAAGACUUGUCUGUGAUGAAUUUUGGCAGGAGCCGCCAUAUUUCUUGUCUCUCCUCUGGAUCAUUUUGGGUCAGCAAUCAGUUUGGCAAAAUAUUCCUUAUCGACAAUGACGGAAAAGAAUUGAAGCAGAUAAAAACUAAUGGAGAAUACGGAAUCCACACAGUGAGAGAAAACGAUAUUCUAAUAGUUAUAGAUGUGAAAAGCAAAUCUGUAGAAGAACUUAAACCGGACAGAAGCAGUAUACGGCAAAUUGUGUUCAACACAAAUGACUGGACGCCAUGUUGCAUAUAUUACUCUCGAAUAAAUGAAGAUUUUCUCAUAGGAGAAAAAUUAAACGAGGAAGCUAGGAUUUCCCGUUACACUAUGAAGGGACAGGAAAUUCGGAAAAUCCAGUUAGACAGUAAAAAGCAACCCCUCUUUCAUGAUCCUCGAUAUAUUAUGGAAAAAGAUAAUGGUGACAUAUGUGUUUCUGACUGGAGUGCAACAGUUGCAGGAGCUUUGGUAGUGGUUAAGAAAAAUGGGAAAAGACGAUUUUCUUAUACUGGGACUUCGCAGUCCUUAUUUUGUCCAGGGGGAGUUUCAUGUGACAAAAACGGUAACAUUUUAGUUAUGGAUGGUGCUGAACGCCGUGUUCAUUUACUGGAUAGAAAAGGACGAUUCCUCGCUUACUUAAUUACACUUGCGCCUUCAGGGAACUUAAAUUGUCAGGGGUUGUGUUUAGAUUCAGAAAAUUACAUUUUCUGUGGAUAUCUGAACAAAGUGCUUGUGUAUAACUUGGAAUAUUAA